AUGGCGUCCUCAGCCGCUGGUGAAGGCUCGCGAUGCGAUGAAAGGAUGCCGAGCAUUCCAAGAACUUCGAGUAAACGGGAGACUUCGUCGGCGGACUUCGUCGUCAUCGGCGAGCAGCUUCCGAUCGGCGACUCGGAAGUUGUCAGUUCGAAAACCGAAGAUCGCGUUUUGUCAUGGCUUCUUUCGAACGGAGCUAAACUCAUACAGCUUUCUUUUGAAUCCACGUCGGAGUACAGACUUGCGUACGAACGCCUGAAAAACGUCUCCGUAUUUCAGGAAACAGUCAGCAAUGGCUCCUUUACCAGUGCAGUGGCUGACUGGAAGCAGAGGCAGAACAAGUCAUCUUCGCCGAGCUCAGUCGCAGCUGCGCGAAACUCCAGCUUUAGAACCCAGUCGAAUUUCUUCGAACAUGCUUUAGAGUUCAUCUUGGAACUAACUUUUGAAACUUUGACGGAAAACUGGGCUCUUCAUGACUCCAUAUACAAAAGUGGAGCAGUCGCCGACAAGAUCACAGGAGUUGAAGCUGCGAAUUCGAUGCUGAUUAAAGCCAUCGAUGCCCUUAAAACGGCCCCGAUGCUUCAGCUCAACGAAAAAACCAUUGGUGUGACGUGUGGACCAAUACAUCCCUCAGGCUCUGAGAUUGCGUCGAGUGCAUUGGACAAGCUAUUCGUAUUCCUAAGGAGUUUGAUCUCCAGUUAUGAACCUUCAGAGAAUCCUAUCAUCCUGAAAAGAAUUGGUUUAGCCGCUGAAGCGGCGUUUUUGCUAUGUGUGCAACGUGGCCAGUUGAGACAUGUCUUGGAAUUCGUUGUUAUGGCCUUGCAUGCGGAUCGAAGUAUUUUGAUCCCUUUGGAGAGCUUUAAAUGGGCUGCCGAUAAGAUGCAGAAAGUUAUGUUGGAACCGAAAGCCCGUUUUUGGCGCAAGUUUAGCGAGAGGAUACAUUCGAUUUCGGAUUCCGACGAGAACUUGCCACUGUGGCAAGCGGGAUUGGCACUUCUCGAACUGACGAACGUGAUGAUAGAACAUUUCUGCAAGCGACAGCUGGGUUUGAUACUGCCUCGUAGUGUUCGUCAAGUACCUCAAGACUUCGGGUGUUCAGAUGGCUGUGUGCCGUUUGUUUCAACUUCUGAUUUGAUUGGCGAACAAGAGCCGAGUUCAGGGGCUUAUGGCUGGGGAAGUAAUGGUUCUUUGCAGCUGACCUCUGGUUUCGCGGAGAAAACGCCGACCCCUCGGAAACUUGACAUGCUUUCCCACGUUACCACGGUUGAAGCAGGAGCGUAUUGUACGUUCGCGAUUGACAAAGAUGGAUCCGCAAACGCCUACGGAAAAGGAAUGGCUCCUUUCAACGGCUCGGAACCUUGGAAAUCUAUGUUAUCCAGCUCAUUUUCUUCUGUGAAACUGAACAUGAAUCGCGUUGUAAAAAUUUCGGCAUCCAAAAGCACGGACGGGCAUUACUUGCUGAUCACUUGUUCAGGAAUGAUAUUUUCUUGGGGUGAUGGUGAUUUCGGAAAACUUGGACACGGGCAUUUUACUAAAUUGAAAACACCGAGACCGAUCGAAGGACUCAGAGGAAAAAUCGUUGCGGAUAUUUCAGCUGGUCAUUGUCACUCUGCUUGUGUGACGAUUGAAAAUGAUUUGUACACUUGGGGUCACGGAGAAUCCGGAAGAUUAGGAUUACGGGACACGCAUACGCGGUCUUUUCCGACCCUCGUCAAAGACCUACAGCAAGUUGUAGGCCAAGUAUAUUGCGGCAAUACUCACACUUUUGCCGUGUCGGCCGACAAGAACGUCGUCUGGGUGUUCGGCGAUGGCGAAUGGGGCAAAUUCGGGGUCGGAGAAAGCGAUCCCGUGUUUCCCUACCCCCGUGACGUACCUGCUCUUCGGGGCAUGCGGGUGAAAAAACUGGCCCUGUCGCUGAGAUCCACUUUAGUGCUGUUGAAUGAUGGACGAAUUCUGGCCUGUGGGUCAGGGGUGUGUUUGGGAAGUCCCGGGCCAACGAUUUGGCGUGAACCUCAACCCUUGAUGAGGCAUUUGCGAUUUUACGACAUUUCUGCCGGGGACCUGCAUUGUUUGGCUGUUUCUACUGAGAACAGGGUCUACGCUUGGGGACAGAGUGCAUUGGGUCAGUGUGGCUCUUUGGGAGACGAUGAGUCGAUUACACCGGUGCCCACUGAAAUUUUGGCGCUGCGAGAUGCUGGGAUUCAUCAAGUUUCUGCUGGGUUAUCGCACUCGAUUGCGUGCACUUCUCCGGUUUUUGAGUUUCCUUGCUUAUCGGCGAAAAAAACUCCGUUCCGCGUGGAUGUAAACGUGAAAACGUUUCACAGUCUUGGCACGAUUCUGAAAAACUUCUCUUCUGGCGUGGAACUGUCGAAAAUGAAAUUUUCUGAUGGGGUCAUUAGUCGCUGCUUGCGAGCAUCGAUCAACAUCCUCAGCUGGCAUUUGCAGCUGACUGAUGCGUGUUUUGAAUCAAUCGACGAAUUGAUGGGAUGUGCGGAAAAUGCGUCGGAAUUUCGGGAAUUCAUUUUUGGCCUGCUGGAUGAUCCUGCGAUGGAGGCUUUUGUUGACGAUGUGAUUGCGAUGCUGGAAGAAAGCUUCGAGCUUCUCAUGCCGGAAAGUGUCGACUGCGUUCGUCUGGCCUCUGAAUUGCUCUGUCUCACUUUCCGUUCACCAGGUGGUUUAUCUCGUGGGAAAGUCCGAUUUCUGCAGCUUCUUUUGUCGAGGAUCCAGACGGAAGAUUAUGUUUCCAGUAUGGUUGGCAUGCUGGCCAUGAGGGACGAAUAUGAAGAUCUGGACAGGGAUGAAAAAUCACAAAGUCCCACGCAAUGCAUUCUUCGAACAGAAAACGAACCAGUGGUGUUUCCACGAAAUCACGUGGAAACGUCAUCGCUCGAAGAACGCAUUUCGGACGAUGUCGUCGACGUGGACUUGCGCCUUUUAGCAGACGCGGUUUCAGGAAGGAUCGAUGAGACUAAAUUUGGCGAAGCGUGGGAAAACGUGAAAAAAGCGGAUGUUCCAACAGUCUUGGACUUUUUGAACAUGGCAUUUGCCAAGGUUUUCCAGGAAACGGCCUUUUGUCGUUCCUGUGUGAAUAAAGAACGAGUGUUCAACAAGCUACUUAGUCAGCUGAUUUUUACAUCGCAUCGGAUAAUCGAGUCUGCAAUGUGUUGCUUGGAGCUUGACGAAGGCCAAGAUCAACGGAAUGCAAUUGAAGAUGUACUGAGGAGGACUUUGCUUGGUCAAGUGACUACGAUUGCGAUUGAUCACUGUCUCCUGCUUCCCACUUCUUUGCUGCACGGAAUGACGCCUUUAUUCACCCUGUUAACGAGUGGAUUGAAUGAAUUGAAAGUGAAGUUGGGCCGAGAAAAUUGGAACUGGUUGACGGAAGCUUUGGCAGCGUGUAGCCUUUUGGCAGGUCGUGUUGCUCAUGAGGACCUCACUGCAGUUUAUCCUGUUUACUCUGAGGAUUGCUGCAGCCUGGGUAAACAAGUGGUUCUGUUUUCGAAGCAAACGGACUGGUCUCUUCCCUGGCUUAUUUCGAAAUCCCUUGCACUGAGUUGCAGUCCACUGAACGUUUUUCAAGGUGUUGUCUCCGUCGUGCAAGACGUGAUGAACGCAACUGGGAAUGAAUUGAAUUAUGCCGAAAUUGAGGAAAGCUCCCUUCGGGAGGAUUUUUGGGAAAACAAAGAUACUCUCCUCGCUUUAAUUAAAGAUGAAGAAGGGAAAGUGUUUGGGAGACUGGACGAAGUAGUCAACUUCCAGGGCGAAGAGGAAACGGAUAAUAAUUCUUGGAGAAGAUUAGCCCUUCAUGCCCUCUACUUGGUAUUCCAUAAGUUUGCCACUUUUACUGAAACAGAGCGACGCAAGAUUCACGAACAAACUUACAAAACGAUGCCGUCGCUGAUUUGUAGAGCCGCAAGUGACCUGAGACGUCUGUCUAACUCAGUGAAAUUUUCGUGCCCCUGCAAAACGAAAGUGGCGGAAGAGUGCCACGUGCGUUGCGUGAAUUACCUGUUCGGUGAUGCCAGAAUGCUUACGGCUGACAAAUGGGAAUCUAACAAUUUGAUUGACUUGGUGUGUCAAGGGAUUUUGUGUCAGGCCGUGUUCUUCCUGUGUGGGGUAUCUCGCAUUAGUCCUCCGGAUUACGGUGUGGGGAAUGAAGGUGCUGACGAAGCGUGGAUCGAAGCCCAAAGGCUUGAUCAUGGAUGGAAGAUCCUGCAGUACUGCGUGAAAAACGUGAUAAACCCCUGCCCGCACAUCUCUUACACCUCGUCCUACACAGCUUCUGGAUCAAACGAGCACAUCAAAUUCGCCAUCGCACUCUUUGUAGAUCGUCAGAGGCAUCUGAGUCUCUUUGCUCACCGUGUUGCAGCUCUCAAGUCUUCGCUGAAUCUUUUGGGACCAAUUGAUGAGCCGAUUGGGUCGACAGGAGCAACGAAUCCUGGUGCAUUGCGUUCUCCGUCUCUUCAUAGCGCCGCUCUGGAGCAAUUGUUGUACGGAUUUUGUGGACUGACUCCAUUUUCCAAAGAGACGAGGCCGACGUUGAUGAUGGAAGAUAUUGAGUUGCCGUUUUGCGACAUGAGAGCUUCGACAGAAUCGGCCAAGUUGGGAAUGAGGACAGGGACUGAAGGGGUUCCACCUGAGUUGAGUGAAGUGUUGAUGCUUCACAUCAUGGAGCUGUACAACGUGUUGAUGUCGAAAGUUCUUCAUGGUUCCUCGAGAUUGUCGAUCAUUGCGGUGUCGUGUCUGCUGUCGAAAAUCGGAGCCGAUUCUCAGUACAUUGAAAAGCUCAGCUCUUCAAAGAAAAUAAAUUUCUUGGAAACUUUCUUGUCCAAGAGCUACGACGAUGUUCCACGUAGCUACGCGUUGUGUUCAGCUAUAGACUUCCAGCCAAUGCGGAUCAUGGCCGAUCACAUGCGGUCUUCUGAGAUGCCGGGACACGUAAUGGCUCAGGCCCUUAGUAAUUUGUUUCUAUCCUUUGCCACGCUGUUGAGUAAUUCUUCUGGCGACAUGGACCUGUUCCAGCGUGUGAUGAACGUGUUUUUGGAAUUUCUGGAGACGAGUGUCGGUCAUGAAGUCACGAAUGGCGGGAAGACGCCAUUGAGGGCCAUGAGGGAUAGAAUGCUGGGGGAUGUCUUGCUUUUUGUGAGGUUCCUGGCGUCGCGUCAUCAAAGUUUCGUCAAUUGUCUCCUCUCAUCAGCUUGGGUUAAAGUGCUCAUCAGACUCCUAGAUGUCGCUGACUCGAAGCGAUCUUCCUUUCCUCGCCACGGACUCGUCGAACCGUGUAGCAACUCACUCCGUACCCGUUUGCUCGCCGUGGCUUUGCUCAGGAAAAUCUUGGCCUGGAGCAAUCUGGAAAGAGACGUCCGUGUGUCGACUAUCCAGGAGUUGCUGCGUGUCCUGGGAGUCAAUAUGUGGGUGAUUGAUCACGAAUCGCAGGCUACAUUGAAUGCGAAGCAGCAGCAGGAAUCGGCAGACCACGAGUCUUCUCUUGAUCUGGACGGGAUUGUGUGGUCGGAGGCACGGAGCUCUGGAUGUACCUUUUAUGAUCGCGGGAAAUUGGUGCAUCACGGGCUGACUGAGCCUGGAUUUGCUCUGUUGAACUGUGUCAUCAUUGCUGGUCGUUGCUCGUGGACGAUGAAAGUCAUGAAAGACGUCGGCAGCACGGAUGGCUUCUUUUUCGGCGUUUGUCGAUCGCACUUGAAAGACCUUGGUGCCAUUGGAAACGACGACGUUUGGCUUUUCAAUGGGAAAUCGUGGGAUCCUCGGGGUUCGGCUCGGGCUGUCAACUGGCUCGACGCUGUCGUGUUGCCACGUGUGACAUUUACCCGUGGCGACGUGGUCGAGAUGACGUUGGAUGUCGAUUCCCGGUGUUUGUCAGUGUCGAUAAACGGAAGUCAGCCGAUUUUAGUGUUUGACGACUUGCCGGCCAGGGAAGGUUUGACGCCCUGCGUUUUCUUCCCGCACUGCAACAAAUCUGAGAAGCCCGUCGCAAGUGAAAAGGUGAAAUUGUUGAACUUCACUGUGAGGACCAAUGCUGCGGAGUACGUUAUUGAACCCCCGGUUCAUGCUCCGUAUCCAGUGGCUAUAACUCAGCCGAUUAUUUCGCUCAUACGCCUGCUGUGGGAACUAGGUUCAUGGUAUGACAUUGUAAACGAAUGCGUGAUAGAAACUCUGGAGAACCUCCCGCCUCUUGUCAAUGACCUUCGCAACGCGAGCAACAAAACGAAGCAUCUAGAGGAAACGGAAAUGAAUCGCUCUGUGUUGAGUGACUUGGGUGCAUCUUCGGAUUCCUCUGUCGAUUCAAACGACCGACAAGGUAUUCUCAAUUUGGAUCUCAGUUUAGGCAGCCCCGGGAUAGAAAAGAAGAGCGAGGAAGAAAUGGAAAUCGUCUCCGAACUUUGCAUGAAAAUUUGGCCAGCAAUGGCAGUGAUUGGAGGAAUCGAUUCUGGAUUAUGGAUUUCUUGCGAAGUUUAUCACCCAGGGUCCAAUAGGAAAGGUGUAGUUUUGAGCGGCAGUCGGUCCAAUAGGAAAGGUGUAGUUUUGAGCGGCAGUCGUCAUUCUGCCCUAACUUUCAAAAUAUCGAAAGUAUCAAAAACUGCCAUUCCGAUUUGGAGCCGAAAACACACUGUCCGUGUUGGAUUCGGCGAUGGUGCUUACAUUCAAUGGCGCAAAGCCGAGCAUGAGAAUGGAAAAUCAAAUGACUACGUACCCCUAACUGGAGACCUUAUGAUCCCUGUGGAAAUCGGCGCCAGUCGGCGGUCGUCUGUGGCCUUUCCAUCAAAUCCACCGUCCCUGGAAAAGACGCCUGUGGAAUCCCGACCUCCGUGGGAAAGUAUCGGUCUGGACGUGCUUUCAGAGCGAUUGGCGAGUUCGAUAAUAGGUGCUGUGACUGGAAGUGGUGUCGAAGGAGAUGCUCCAGGCACGUCAGAAGCAGCUGGGAGGCAGACACGAGCCCCGAAGGCAGAUCCGGAUCGAAAAGUAUCUCCUGAAAUGGCGAAAGCAUUGUUGUACAACGCUCGGCUGGGUUUUUUGCAGCUGUCUGCAAUGAAGACAUUCAGCACUAUUUUGCUCUCUCACGAUUUGGUGAUGGGAGACGGAAUCUGUCACAUUGGAGAGGAAGAUAAAUUGUCAGAGGCGGCGAUGCAGCGUGGUAUCGAGCUGCAUGGGACAGAAAAAUUCAAGGCUUUGUUGACCGACAUGGCGCAAUGGUGCGACGUGUCGUUGCCGAUGCCGUAUCCAGUGGCGCCUACCGAACUAGACCGCGUUUUCACGGUGUUGCUGAGUCACCGGAUCGGUCUAGCCGCGGCGCCUGUUUCCGGCGGCGAUGAAGGACCUGCGUGUCAGCCACGCUGGAGAGAUCUCGUGUGGCGUCCCGAAAUCGCUGCUCGCUUGGAAACUUCCUCGAGCUUCCAAGCGUACGCUUUCAGACUGGCUUUUGUUCGGUUCAUCAAAGAUCUUCUUCUCAUUAUGGCCUCAAAAUCAUAUCAAGCCGACUUCGGAUUAAUGGGAGAAGAGGAUAUUGCAGUUGGUGGGAGGGAAGAGCCAGAUCCGACUUCAAUGAGGGAACCGAUGAGAAGCUCUGAUUUUUUGUACGAAUACAUGAGUCUUGGAGAACCCGUUCUUCCUGCGACGGUGAAUUUGGCAGAAUGGGAAUCGGAAUCGGAACAAUCGUCGGCAUCGCCGCCAAAUGUUCGCGUUCGCGUACGACAGCGACAUCCCUCGCAAGCCUGUGUACGACGACGCAUUGAUCCCACCAGGCCAAGAAAUUUGUCUUCGAGCUUGUUCACGAGGUCAGUGUUCCUGAAUGACGGAGGUCCAAACAUCGGUGCUGCUGCGAUUGACUUGCCUGAUGAUCGAGAACUAGUUCAAGCAAACUUGCUCACGAGCAGAGGCCAGCCCGACAUUCGAUCUUUCUUCAUACCCGUGAGUCGCCAGCCCUUCAACACCGGCGGCACUGCUGCUCGAGAACGAGAACACGUGCGUGGAGAAGGUGUCGCCCUGUCGUCCGAAGACCUGAACCCAUCAGACCCCACGUCAAUGAGUCGGGAUUUUAACGAUUUACCCCCGGAACAACGACCCGUGAUCCUGAGAGAAAAAUGGGUGUUCAACGCGAGACACUGUCCGUUGUGCCACGUGAGAACGUCUAGUUUUGUACGCCAUUGCGCCGUCCAACAUCCCGGGUGUCGGGCCAACAGGGCGUUCCAAUGUGGCCUUUCUCAAGGGGAUCGGAUUUAUUAUUGCCGGCCGUGUAUUGAUAAAUAUACAGUGUCACAGUUUGGUAACCGUUCCGAAGAAGCCUUCACAUGCGACAGUGACGUUUUGGUGUCCAGCUAUGAAGUUUUCGAGCGGACUUUAUGGACCAGACAAGGAGUGUUCGCACUUCGACCGGACCUCGGGCCACCUUGUAGCAGAAGUGAAUCUACAUUUGCUUCACCAUUGACCGAACCAGGUGCUAGACGUCGAUUCGACGACGACGCAAUGAUUCAAGAUUACGAGGAGGUUGAUCCGUUGGGCGCAAAUGUGGAGAAGUUUGGCUUGUCUAGCUACUCUGAAACAGCAUUGAUGCAGCCAUUCCAGUGGGCAAUGCCCAACAACACCGAAGCGCUGCCUGAACAAGGCUUUAUUUUGAACAACGAUUCCGUGGAGCUGCCGAAGUGUUUGAUUCCGCUUCCGUUUCAAGCCCUGUUGGUGGAGAACAGUGUGGAAUACCAGACCGCCAUCUGGCGAACGUUGACAACCCAUCGUAUACAAACGUGUCGCGCUGCGAUUGUGCGCGCCAUCUAUGUGGCAGAUCGCUUAUUUCCGGAUCGGUCCGAGUUGAUGCGCAGGUUAACGCCUUUGGGCCUGGCGAAUGAUUUUUCAAAGCUUGUAAUCGACGCCGUUUUGGACAUGCACAAACCGUCGCGUGUGAUGACGCUCAUCAAGGACGAGGCGGUUCUCACGCUGGCGGACGCCAUGAGUUCCGCCCUUCUGUCCCCGGGCGUGACGCUGGUCCAACGAGAAUGGCUCGUGUUGUCAAUAUCCCGGUGCUUUCGUCUGGUGUCGGGUGGACGCCGUGGACAAGAUUCGGCGGCCAAGCCGUUGGUGUUGGUGCCGCAAGAGCCGGCGGCGCCCAAAGAAAUCGUGGCGACGGCGUGGCGGGACGACUGCUACUGGUUGGCGGUCGCCUACUCUGGCGGUAUUGAGAUCUGGGAUUGCAGAGUCGGAAAUGUGCCCAAGGUUGUGAGGAAGGUUCGGAUGCAGGGCGGGAAAUGCUCAACUGCUUCCACUACUGGGGGUGAAGAAACUGUGGAAUGUGGAGAUCAAGACAUCGAGUUGGCAUGGAAUCGUGGUUCUGUGAUCAUGCUCGCCUUUACCAGUCGCUCUCAGGGAUACGUUCACGUCGUUGUGGUUGACAAACAUGAUGAAGUCGAUUACACCUACAUCAAUUUGGACAUGAAGCAGCCGAUUCUGGGUCUGUGUUGGAGUCAAUCUGAUCGCACUGUGCAGGAACAGGUGUUGGAUCCAAUGGAAGAAGAACCCACACCCGAAUGCCCUUCGCUGGCGACCCAAGAUCUUCUCCUCGUGCUCGUCAAAGACGAAACGAUUCAUCGUUAUAGCUUUAGUGGAUUGCGAAAGCCGACAGUGGGGAAGUCCUUGUUUUGUUCAGAUGAACCCACUUCGAGUGCAGGGGAACUCGCUGAAGAUGAGGCUGAAGUGUCGACCGCCCAACUGUCGGCCAUCAUGCGACGCACUGUCGAACUUUACAUUGCAGUCGUGAGGAAGAAUGUUUGUUGGGUUUUGUGCAGCAGUGAGAUCAACGCUGGAGUCUUGAACAGGUCCACUUCCUCCAUGGGUCAGGUGUCGAGCGCAUGUUGGGCACAAAAGAGUCGUGCUGCGAUGCUAUUGCUGGUGUUGGAGAACAGCUUUGUGAUUCUGCGGCCAUCGUUUGCGAAAGAAGCUCGUUACUGGCCAAUGAAGAAGAUCGAGGGUUCGGAAAUGAAUUGUUGUGGCGUGUGGUUGGACUCUUUGAGGGUGACCCUGGAUUAUCCCAAGUUGUUCUUCGCCAUCGCGAGUUUCACAGGCCGACAAGGACGUGUGGUGAUCUACUCUAUCCCGGAAUGCGAAGACUCAUUUUCCGAGUUGAACACCGUCCGGGAAAUUUCGCUUCCUCUACCAAUGUGCAAAUCGCUCGGAGUCAGUCCAAAUGGCCGGAUCAUGUUCGCACUGGUUCGUGACACUGUCGACGAAGCCGCAGAACUGCACUUGUUUUCAGUAGCCGACUGCAGAUCAGUCGCACACUGCGUCACACACAACGUGCCGAACGAAUCGAGUCCUUUGACUGUCACCUUCACUUCGGACACUGGACUUCUGUACGCGGCGACGAAGACGAAACGCGUGCUGAAAUUCUCGCUGAAAACGGAAGAAUUCUUGGCGAUGAAUGCGUUGAAUCAAGCCAAAAGCGUUCUGAGUUCCGAAAGUUUUCGAGUCGCGUUUGCGGACGACUCGUUGCCGAACUUGUCGCACUUUCUGGAACAGUUGCCGUUCUACAUGGCUAGGCAAUGGGAAAACGAGCGAGAGGCUGUGGAAAGGGGCUGUGCUUUGGUGCAUUCGGGGUAUUUGCAGGCUUUGAUGGCCCUGGGUGCUGGGUUGCGAUUGGAUGGGUCGGACGUGAGCCUGGAGCUGUGUCCCAGUGGGUUUUGGCGUCUUUUUCGCGACUUUUGCCAAGUUUCCAGAGCCGCGUUGUGUAUGACUCAGCGCACGACUGCGCAUUCCGCGUACCUGAACUCCCGUUUGAACUCGAAUUUGGAUCCGUUCUUUGAUAGCGAAGCUGGAAACUCCUCGACUUCCUCAGCCCCGCAAACAAACGCCAAGGACUGGACGUACGAAGCUGACGCCGAGGUGAUGGAUUGGAUGAAUGCUGAAGCGAACAAGUGGUUCCACGAGUCAGAUCGAGUGACUUACAUGUGGGGCACGGGUUCCUCGUGGCAAUUGGGCACCAUGACGAGAGCCAACGCUCACAAACCCGUGCCAGUGACGUCCCUGGCCAGUUGUGUGGAAGUGGUUUGCGGUCAUAAGUGUUCUUUCGGGCUGCGGGAAGACGGUUCAGUCGUCUCUUUUGGAGAGGGUCACUAUGGCCGACUGGGCCAGGGCAACUCUGAUGACAUGCGAGCGCCUACUUUGAUACACGCUUUGCAAGGUUACGUGGUGAAGCAACUGGCGACAUCUCACGGAGCAGAUGGCCACACGAUUGCAGUAACGUCGACGGGCGAAGUUUUCAGUUGGGGCGACGGCGAAAGCGGUAAACUGGGCCAUGGAACAACUGAUCGUCACCGGCGUCCGAAAAUGAUCGAGGAGUUGAAAAGUAUUCGCAUCAUUCAGGCUGCCUGUGGACACAAACACAGUGCGUGUGUUUCCGAACAUGGGAAGUUGUACACGUUUGGGUGCGGUGAUCACGGCCGGUUGGGCAAUGGAAACACACGUAUGGCGAAAACCCCGGAGCUCGUCACUGCGUUGAAGGACUUCAAAAUUAACUACGUGGCGUGUGGUAUGAAUCACACGGUUUGCGUCUCUCAGGAAAGUGGGAAAACUUGGGCAUUUGGAGAAGCAAGCAUGGGCAAGCUGGGUUUUCCCACCAAGGAAGGCAGUCAUUGCAAUAACCCUACGGAAAUGUCGAGGCUGGAUGGAAUCAAAAUGAAGAAGUGCGCGUGUGGCAUCGCGACGACGUUUUUGCUGUCCUGCGACGGCGCUGUCUACUCUUGCGGCCACCAAAAGUUCACGGGCCACCCAGCCCAGCCAAUGAUCCCUCCUCAAGGCCCAGUGCGAAUGGACUGUUUCCUGGACCAGGGUUUGAUCGUUGUGGACCUUGUGUCUGGCUCUGAACACGCCCUAGCGUUGACUGCGUGUGGACGCUUGUUUUCUUGGGGCCGGGAUGUCGAGGGCCAGCUGGGCCUGGGUGACGAUUACGCGGCCAAGGCGUCGAUAGUACCGCAAGAGAUCCCGUUGCCCAAGGGUGUGAGGAUCGCGAGGAUCUCUGCUGGAACAAAGCACUCGUCGGCCACGACCGUGUUGCGAAUGAGUCCUGCGGCGAGUCUACUGAGGGAUCAGAGUUUCGUGAAGGAUCCUAGGGUUUCAUUGCUGUCUGCAACGUCUCCCCUGGCGCCAGUUUCCGCUCUGCCGGAUAUCGUUCCCAGGAAGUACAAUGCACUCCGUAAAAUCCCAUUGACGGCAAUUCAUAAGCGUGCCAGGCAUCUGCAGCAAUUUUCUCACCUCUUCUACAAAGUCUGGCCAAUGUUGCCUCUGGGCAGGCUGCACAUUGAGACGGAAUUGGGAGGAAUAGGUUUGUCUUCUGGACUGUUGCAACCUUUGUUGAGUAAUCAAGUGCACGGAAUGAUCCUGGCGAGAUCCGUGUCAGCGACAAUGCAUUGGAACAGAAACUAUGGUCCAACUGUGACCGUGAGGCGGAUGAAUCCCAACGAUUUGGCACCCAGGCACAACCUGGCCAAGACUGUUUUUGCUCAGAUUGCGAGUCAAGUGUCGUUGAAGAAGGCGUCGGAGUUGUGCCUACCGUCUCGGGCGUGGAAGGUGAAAUUGCAAGGCGAAGCUGCUGACGAUGCCGGUGGCGUGUUUGACGAGACGAUGACUCAAAUGUGCGAAGAGUUGACGAAAAGCUCUUUGGCAUUGUUGAUCCCUUCGCCGAAUAACGCAUCGCAGGUGGGCGAAAAUCAAGACGCGUUCCUGCUCAACCCUGAAGCCAAUUCCAUCCAGGACUUGGCGCAUUUCCGGUUUUUGGGCUUAUUGAUUGGGAUAGCAAUCCGGACAAGGAAGCCAAUUGAUUUGCGUUUCCCGCCGUUCAUGUGGAAGUUGUUGGCGGGUUUGGAGCCGACUGAAGAGGAUCACGAAGGAAUUGACUUCUUUUACAUGAAAACGCUGCGAUCCCUGCGAAAUUAUUAUAACAGAGACUCCACUAAUGUAGACGAUGGAUUCAGUGACAUCUGCCCGAGUGAAAACUUCGACGGCGUGACAGUGACGAGGAAGGUGAUUUCUUUGUCCCGAGAAGGAGAAAAAAUUGCGCUGAAUUACGGCACCCGACUGAUUUAUUACCAAAGAGCGCUGAGCUUCAGAAACAAGGAGAUGGCGCAACAAGUGCAAGCAGUUCGGGACGGCAUCGCAGUGAUUGUUCCGAUUCCGAUUCUUGGACUCAUGCCCUCUGAGGACUUUCGAAGACUGGUGUGUGGAGCAGAGGAAUUGUCGGCGGCUGCGUUGCGCAGCAUUGCGAAAUGGCGGGACCCGAGUGAAGCCAACAACGCGUUUGUCAUGUCUACUCUGGCGAGUUGGGCGUCCCUGUCCGAGGACGCCCUGGAAUUGCACGCUGUUUCGCAUUCGCACGCGUCCGCCGAACCAGAGAUCAUUCAGUGGUUUUGGGACGUUGUGGAGUCGAUGACGCAUGAUGAACGCGUUCUUCUGUUGAGGGACUUUCGAAGACUGGUGUGUGGAGCAGAGGAAUUGUCGGCGGCUGCGUUGCGCAGCAUUGCGAAAUGGCGGGACCCGAGUGAAGCCAACAACGCGUUUGUCAUGUCUACUCUGGCGAGUUGGGCGUCCCUGUCCGAGGACGCCCUGGAAUUGCACGCUGUUUCGCAUUCGCACGCGUCCGCCGAACCAGAGAUCAUUCAGUGGUUUUGGGAUGUUGUGGAGUCGAUGACGCAUGAUGAACGCGUUCUUCUGUUGAGAUUUGUUUCUGGACGAUCGAAGCUUCCGGCGGCGACGGAAAUUGAUCCUGCCCAGAGGCACUUCCAUAUUGUCCUGCAACCGGAGCGACCUCUAGAUUCGUUUCCCACAGCUUCGACCUGUUUCUUCCAACUCCGCUUGCCGCGGUAUUCUUCUAAAGAAAAAUUGGCUGAGCGAAUCCGGUUUGCCAUUAAUCAUUGCCGAACGAUCGACAUGGACAACUACAUGCUCAAUCGCAACGACAAUAUGACGUCGGAUGAUGAGAACUAUUGAAGAUUUUGCAAACGAUACGAAAAGCUCCUGGCAGUUUGAAUGCCUGUCUCUUUUUUUUGUUCUUAACUUUUCGCUCAAGUUUAUGUGGAACAUUAGAACCAUCGAAAUGGCAUUUUGAUAAUUCAGCAAAAUUGGAUCGAAUUUUUCGCGAUGUUCUUUUUUUUUGGAAUGCGUAGUUUUGGGAGAUUUUGUUUCAAAGCAGGUAAAUAUUGUGUGUAGCAUGUUUGCCGUCAGAGAUGCAUGAGGUUGAAGCAGAGGUUCCCGGGAUGCUUGGCUCGUGCAACCCUUUUUUGAAAUCAGUUUUUAUUAUGGUACCCCUGAAUACAAUUGUUUUUUUUUUCAUUAGAAAUUCAAGAAAUUUUCGAGUAAAAGGGUCCACCCUGUAUAUUUUCAUUUAUUGUCCUCCUUUGUCACUCUAAUGCAUUUCCAGAAAUAAAUCCGUUCACAUAAAUAAUAUUUCCUCUCGAAAGAAGCAUGGAAUAGUUUAUAUACUAUGGUUAAGAUUAAAAUCAUACCCUAAACGAAAUUGGGAAAGUAAUUUCAUUUGAAUUUUACUUUGUCUCUGACAUGCUUUCAUCCAUUUCUUGGCAUGCUUGAGGAAAGAAGAUUCAAUAUUUUCACGUUAAUUCAAUUUUAUUUCAUAUCGGAUCCGUCGUGAAUCCUUCGAUCUUUUUUUAAUUUGAGCUGUGUGUGGGGAACCUCUGGUUUAAAUUAAUGCCGUUCGUGUUGAAGAUGUGGAAUUGUGUGCUUGAUCUCGUCCUUUCUGUGGGAUCAAUUAACUGAUUGUCAGAGAAGGAUGCAUUUAUCCAAAAAUUGAUUUGCGGAUUAAAUGUUGAUGGUUUCCUGCUUGCUUAUGAAUGUACAGUACGUGUACUUGAUGUACUCUCUCAUUGAGUUUUUGUUUGUAAGCCAUUCGAAUGAACUGCCAAGAAAUCUUAGUUCAUUGGGGGAAAAAUCGCGUUCGAUUGGGAUAUUUUAUUGGAAAAUAUGCCGGAACAGUUACGUUUUUCAUGAUGGUUUUUUUGAAGAAGGAAAAAAUAUACGUGUCGGGGGGUGCUUUAAAGUGCUAGUUGAGUCAGAAAAUUCUAAUUUUUUUCUCUGUGCGUUUCCGGUUGUUAUGUUGAAUUAUGUCAUCAUUCGGAAAGCGCAGCUAAGAUGGUGUUUUUUGUGAUCUGACGGUGAUGGAAACCAUGGCCUGAGAUAUGAUAUUCUACACAGUGCUGAUGUCCUUCAAUGGGGAUUCUCAUCUUGCGAGUCAAAAAUUCAAAGCGAUUACCGACCGUCGAAGGAAAAAUUAUUCUUGGCUUUCUGGAGGCACUUGAGUUGAGUGGCACCCUUUUUUUUUUAUUUGGUGGAAGAAUAUGGAUGGUAUUUGUUGGUCUUCCUGAAUUAUUCCUCCUCGAAUCGGUGCCAGUUUGUUCAAACGAGAGAAAAAUUUUUGCAUGCUUUUCGCAUUGUGCGGAAAUUUUGCUUGAUGUUGCUUUAGAUGGGCUGUUGUUGGAGGAAUCUGUGCAAGUGUGAGCUUUUUCUGUGAGUUUUUAAUGUUCGAGGGAAGUUUAAGUUCAGUUAAAAAUUAGCUGAAGAUAAACUAUACCCAUUUUUCUGUGUUUCCAAUCUUUUCAGCUCAACUUUGCGACCGGAAUAUUUCUUAGUGCUCAUUGAAACUAGAACUUAGUGUUUUCUGUUUUCUUCUUUCAGUGGUGAUUGAAGAAGUGUGCUUCAGUUUUUAUUUUUGUGUGUGUAUACCAAUGAUGUGUUUCGUUCAAGCUGCGAAGUGCUUCAGCCGACAGCCUGAAUUUCCUGUUUGAGUUGAAAUGGAGGAAAAUGUAUGGAUUACCAGAUGUUUUCUUGAA